UGAACCUUUCUGUCCUCGCUCACCUGCGCCGUGUGACCACGUGACCCGCCGACAUGGGCCGGAAGGUGACCGUGGCUACCUGCUGUCUGAACCAGUGGGCUCUGGACUUUGAAGGCAACUGUGAGCGGAUCCUGAGGAGUAUCGAGGAAGCCAAAGCUCACGGAGCCAAGUACAGGCUGGGUCCAGAGCUGGAGAUCUGCGGCUACGGCUGCGCAGACCACUUCUAUGAGUCGGACACGCUGCUGCACAGCUUCCAGGUCCUCAGGAAUCUUCUGGAGUCUCCCGUCACUCAGGACAUCAUCUGUGACGUGGGGAUGCCCAUCAUGCAUCACAACGUGCGCUACAACUGCCGCAUCCUGUUCCUCAACAGAAAAAUUCUGCUGAUCAGGCCCAAGAUGCUGAUGGCCAACCACGGGAACUACAGAGAGGUGCGCUGGUUCUCCCCCUGGAACAAGUUACGGCAGGUGGAGGAGUAUUUCCUGCCCCGAAUGAUCCAGGAGGUGACAGGCCAGGACACCGUCCCCUUCGGUGACUGCGUGCUCUCCACGAAGGACACCUGCAUCGGCACUGAGAUCUGCGCCGAGCUCUGGAACCCCGACAGCCCUCACAUUCAGAUGGGUCGGGACGGCGUUGAAAUCUUCACCAACUCGUCCGCAAGCCACCACGAGCUCCGCAAAGCUGACCAGAGGGUCAACCUGAUCAAGGCGGCCACCACCAAGAGCGGAGGAAUCUACCUGUACGCCAACCAGAGGGGCUGUGACGGAGACCGCGUCUACUACGAUGGCUGCGCCAUGGUGGCCAUUAACGGUGACGUCGUGGCGCAGGGAGCGCAGUUCUCCCUCGAUGAUGUGGAGGUGAUUACGGCCACUCUGGAUCUGGAGGACGUUCGCAGCUACAGAGGAGAGCUGUGUCAGCCUCAGCUGGAAAGUGACUUCAAGCCUUGUCACAGGGUCAAAGUGGACUUUUCUUUGUCCGGCUGUGACGACGUCUACCUGCCCACCCACCAGCCAAUAGAAUGGCACUUUCACACACCAGAGGAAGAGAUCAGUUUAGGGCCGGCCUGCUGGCUGUGGGACUACCUGAGGAGGAGCGGCCAGGCUGGUUUCCUGCUGCCUCUGAGCGGCGGCGUCGACAGCUCCUCCACCGCCUGCAUCGUCCACUGCAUGUGCGUGCAGCUGUGCCGGGCUGUCGAGGGCGGCAACAGUCGGGUGCUGGAAGACGUCCGCAGGGUGGUCGGCGACGAGUCGUAUCAUCCGCAGGACCCGAAGGAGCUGUGCGCUCGCGUCUUCACCACCUGCUACAUGGCGAGCGAAAACUCCUCCGAGGACACGCGCAACAGGGCCAGAGACCUGGCCAAUCAGAUCGGCAGCACGCACAUGAACAUCAACAUAGACGUGGCGGUGAAAGGCAUUCUGGGUAUCUUCUCGGCGGUUACCGGACGGUGGCCUCAGUUUCGUGCGAGCGGGGGAAGUGCGAGAGAAAACCUGGCUCUGCAGAACGUGCAGGCUCGGGUCAGGAUGGUCCUGGCUUACCUGUUUGCCCAGCUCAGCCUGUGGGCUCGGGGCAGACCCGGGGGCUUGCUGGUGCUCGGCUCUGCUAAUGUGGACGAGAGCCUCACAGGUUAUUUCACCAAAUACGACUGCUCGAGCGCCGACAUCAACCCGAUCGGAGGCAUCAGUAAGACGGACCUGAAGCGCUUCCUGCUGCACUGCGCCGAGCGGCUGCAGCUCACUGCUCUGAGAAGCAUCCUGGCAGCUCCGCCCACCGCCGAGCUCGAGCCGCUGACAGACGGGCGAGUUUCUCAGACCGAUGAGGCCGACAUGGGGAUGACCUACUCUGAGUUGUCUGUGAUCGGACGACUGAGGAAGAUCUCCAAGUGCGGCCCCUUCAGUAUGUUCUGUAAACUCAUUCACACGUGGAAGGACGCCCUCUCGCCCUCAGAGGUGGCCCAGAAGGUCAAGCGCUUCUUCAGGAUGUACUCGGUGAACCGCCACAAGAUGACCACGGUCACGCCGUCCUACCACGCCGAGAGCUACAGUCCUGACGACAACCGCUUCGACCUCAGGCCUUUCCUCUACAACGCAAGCUGGAGCUGGCAGUUCAGGUGCAUCGACGACCAGGUGACCCAGAUGGCUGCAAACACGGCGAAGCGCUAAGAAGCAGAGGUCAUCGGCCCUUCGUGACUCCGAUGACCACGAAGACGUCCCGCUUGAUCAAAGCCGAAGACCACGGACGAUGCUUUGGUGCUUUCCUGACCUCAGUGACAUUAAUAGCAACUGUGGUCCCUUCAAACAAUCAUUUACACAGACUGAAAUCAAACGCCUUAAACCUGCAUUCUGUCUGGCCCCCAGCAGGGGGCGCUUCCUCUUUAAUGGUCUCAGGUGUGAUUGAAUCAAACAUUCUGGAGAUGAUGGUCCCCUUAGAGUCAGAAAGGAGCAGGGGGGCAUCCUGGGUCCAUCGUUUAUCUACAGUCUAUGAUCCAGACACAAUUCUUCUGCUUGUUUUUCUCUCUUUGUGUUAUUGUGCAGCUUUGCAUCGCCCCUGAUUAUUUCUGAUUCUGUCCUCCGUCCGGUUUGUUUUGAUCUUGUUCUGUGUAAAAUUUAAAGAUACAGGAUCAUCUCAAGUGUCCGCGUGUGAAAUAAAAGAUCUCUUGAUUGUG